AUGCCUCCCUACUACGUUGGCAACCUUGCCUUCUCCCGCAUCACGGAAGAUGGCAAAGUCGAAACUAUUCGAUACCCUUGCAAAUAUGGCUAUCCAUUUGGAGGGCCUGAGGAUUACACGACCACCGAGUUGGGCCAGCAGCUGAUUGAGACCUUCCAAGAAUACAAUGUGCACUGCAUGAAAGAUUUGAAGAUCCGUGAUGGUAUUGAUCUGGUCUCGGUGGCUUACAAGCGUGAAGCCUUGGUGGAACAUGCAAGAAAGCGGAACAAGCUUCAACCUCUCCGCUGUUACUUGUCAACCUGGAACGUGCUGGCUCCCUGGCUCACAAAGUAUCCCGACAACUAUCCUCUUCCACCUGUAAAUGGUCAGUGGAUGAAGGAGGACCUCGGAAAGCUUCUUUUGUUGAAGCUGUUGAUUGUCAACCCUCAUGUCAAUCCCCACAUGGCUUAG